AUGAACGUCGCGUUGAAGUUACAGCGGGCUUUCAUUGCUCAGCGCCCUUGGCUCCGUCAGCCAGGCAGGAACAACAUCGUCAGGUACGCAACACAAUGGCGGUCCUAUUCGACUCCGGUUGCUCCAGCGGAUGGCACACUUCCUUUGCAAGGGGUUCGGGUCCUGGAUAUGACCCGAGUCCUCGCCGGACCAUACUGUACACAAAUUCUGGGUGACCUGGGAGCCGAUGUCAUUAAAAUUGAGCAUCCCGUACGGGGAGACGAUACUCGAGCAUGGGGUCCUCCGUACGCCAAAUACAAAGACGGCUCUCAGGGUCCUGGCGAGAGCGCUUACUAUCUAGGAGUGAACCGCAACAAGAAGUCUCUCGGCCUCUCCUUUGCUCACAAGGCCGGCGUCGACAUACUACACCGACUGGUGAAGGAGUGUGAUGUUCUCGUUGAGAACUAUCUUCCUGGAAGCCUUGAGAAAUACAAUAUGGAUUAUGAAACAUUACGAGAGAUCAACCCCAAGCUAAUCUACGCGAGUAUCACCGGAUAUGGCCAAACCGGGCCAUACAGCAACCGAGCCGGCUAUGACGUUAUGGUGGAAGCAGAGAUGGGACUGAUGCAUAUCACUGGAAGCAGAGACGGUGACCCGGUUAAAGUCGGCGUGGCCGUCACAGAUCUGACAACUGGACUGUACACAUCGAAUGCUAUUAUGGCUGCGUUGCUCGCUCGAGUCCGGUCCGGCAAGGGACAGCAUAUCGAUGCCUGUCUGAGCGACUGCCAAGUCGCCACACUUGCUAACAUUGCAAGUUCUGCUUUGAUCAGUGGAGAGAAGGAUUCUGGGCGAUGGGGAACAGAACAUCCAUCUAUUGUACCAUACCGAAGCUACCAAACUGUCGAUGGAGAUAUCCUCUUUGGUGGUGGAAAUGACAGGUUAUUUGGCGUGUUGUGCGACCGACUCGGGCACCCCGAGUGGAAGAGCGAUCCUCGGUUCCUAACCAACCGUGAUCGUGUUCAACAUCGUGCAGAGAUUGACGGCUUAAUUGAGGAGUGUGUCAAACAGAAGACUACACAGGAAUGGCUGGAUAUUCUGGAAGGUAGCGGGAUGCCCUAUGCUGCCGUCAACGACAUUCAAGGCACAUUGAACCAUGCACACGUCCAAGCACGUGGAAUGAUCACAGAAAUUGAACACCCAAGUUGUGGUCCCAUCAAGCUCGUCAACACCCCGAUCAAAUAUUCCCAUGCAACCCCCGGUGUGCGGACGCCGCCGCCUACUCUUGGACAGCACACAGACGAAAUUCUCGGACAAAUCCUCGAAUAUGGCGCGGCAGAUAUUGCUCAAUUGAAAAAGGAUGGUGUGGUAUCAUAG